GUGGACUCCAAUCCACUGAACUUCCCACAGGUGGACUCCAAUCCACUGAACUUCCCACAGGUGGACUCCAAUCCACUGAACUUCCCACAGGUGGACUCCAAUCCACUGAACUUCCCACAGGUGGACUCCAAUCCACUGAACUUCCCACAGGUGGACUCCAAUCCACUGAACUUCCCACAGGUGGACUCCAAUCCACUGAACUUCCCACAGGUGGACUCCAAUCCACUGAACGUCUCACAGGUGGACUCCAAUCCACUGAACGUCCCACAGGUGGACUCCAAUCCACUGAACUUCCCACAGGUGGACUCCAAUCCACUAAACGUCCCACAGGUGGACUCCAAUCAACUGAACUUCCCACAAGUGGACUCCAAUCAGCUGAACUUCCCACAGGUGGACUCCAAUCAGCUGAACUUCCCACAGGAUGGACUCCAAUCAGCUGAACUUCCCACAGGAAUGACUCCAAUCAGCUGAACUUCCCACAGGAGGACUCCAAUCAGCUGAACUUCCCACAGGAGGACUCCAAUCAGCUGAACUUCCCACAGGUG